AUGGCGGAUAUGAAUCAGGGUCUUUUCGGCUGUGCUGAAACGACAUGCCCGAACAAUUUCACGGUGAACUACGAGUUUGUGACUGCCGUGCUCAAGGAUUACUCUGACCGGUUUGGUCUCAUGGUGGGUGACGCGCAGUCCGGACUUCUCCAAGACAUCUACAAAGGUAAGCGUCCAAACGGCUACUAUUCGAUGAAGAAGCAGGGCGGCAUCGUCCUCAGCGUCGGCGAUGGCGGCAAAAACGAAGGUGUUGGUGUCAUCUAUGAAGGUGCUAUUAUGAGUGGUGUCCCAGAAGAUAGUAUUAUCCCAUCUGAUUCAACAAAACAUCGUCGAUAUGGCCUAUAG